AUGGCCUUCAUUGAACUUAAAUGGAGGAUGUCACAAGGUGAUGCCUUUGUCUGCUCCCUUCUGGUGUUCCUGUGUCUCCACACCGCGGCAGGAAUGUCCGGAUGGGGCGAAUGUAUGGUGGGUCAGGAUGUAUCCACCCAAAUCAGAGAAAAAAGCCUGUCUGGAGAAGUUGUUGCUGAGCUACUCACUGACACCACAGCAGAAGGGGUUCACUGGAUCCUUGAUGGAAAAGACGCCAGGUGGUUCUACUUGGAUGGAAGAAACCUAAGGCUCAACAUGUCAGCUCAGAACGUGAUCGACCGACAGGUGCUGGGACCCAUCCUAAAGGCUGAUUUAGUAUGUUAUGAGGAGGACAUUCUUCAGAGUGUGUAUAAGAUCACUGUGGAGAUCCUCGAUGAGAGUGAUGAUUCACUUGUGUUUGCAGAAAACACCACACACUCAGUUAUUAUCAGUGAGUUGACUCCUGUGGACACUGUUGUGUUUCAUGUGCCAGCCGGUGACAAAGAUAAGGACAGACUCAUGUACUCCAUCGACCAGACAUCACUGGAUGCAGAGUACUUUAAGAUAGAUCUGCCAAACACGGGUGAGGUUCUUUUGUCCAAACCUCUGGACUACGAGAGAAAACCUGUGCUUACUGUCACAGUCCACGCACUGGACACGAGCACUGCAGAAGUCUUCAACACCAGCAUCACAAUUAAGGUGCUGGAUGGAGACGAUCAGUACCCACAGUUCCUGCCCUGUGCAAUGAUAUUCCCAGAUGAGGUCAAUCACGUCUGCACCAGCCCGGUGUACACGGUCAAUGUCACAGAAGGGGAAGAGGACAUUGUUUUGGACUUCUCACCUGGUCCCAUUCAUGCUGUGGAUGGAGACACAGGAAUCAACUCCCCAAUCAGUUAUACCAUCAUCUCAGGGCACAAUGAUGGUCAUUUCCUGAUGGACAGAGAAACGGGGGAGGUGAGACUGAUUCAGGGGGUGAAGGACAGACUGACUACUCCAAUGCUGCAUCUGCAGGUCAUGGCUUACCAGGCUGAUGACUCCAGGAAGUACACUGUUGCCACAGUAAUAGUUCAUAUUCAGGCUGUGAACCAGUUUCGUCCAGAAUUUGACAUGGCUGAGUAUCACGGCUUUGUGUCUGCGGGAAACAGUGCGGCCUCUCUAGUCAACACCUACGGCAGCAAAGCAUUGAUGUUACAAGUACAAGACCUGGAUUUUAAGGAUGGUUUCAAUCCCAUGAUCCACUUCACCUUCAGUCCUACAUCCAAUCACUCAGACAUCUACUAUGUCACACAGGAAGGACUUGUGAUUGCCAAGACUAGUCAGCUCAAACCGAAACAGAAACACAAUCUGGAGGUAAUGGCUGUAGACCAAGAGUCAGGUGAUGCCACCUUUGCUACUGUGCUGGUAGAGGUGUUACCUGAAGGACACUCAAUUCCGCAGAGUCCACAGGGUGGCACCCUUCUGACAGGCUGUGUCAUUGGAAAAGUCAUGUUUUUGAUCAUCUUGUGCACACUCUUAAUGGGAUGUCUCAUUUCACCUAUGUUAUGGCUAAAAAGGAGACACUUGGGGCACAAGGGCUCUCUGAAUAGAGGGUGUGUGGCUCAGGAAAAACACCCUAAUGUGACCUUGCAGUGGUUCCAGCUGGUGAAUCACCACAGUGCCAUGGCACAGAUGGAAGAACUACCCUUUGGCACUGAUGAAUAUGGCACCUGCAAUCCUUCUUUCAGCCUCCAUGAUAAAUCAGGCAUCAACAAUGAGCAAGACUGUACACCCUGUGGAAGCUCAGUUCCACCCAGAGCGACAGCUCUAACGGACACUCAUGUCAUUCCCACCGAAACGGUGUGUAGCCCUGUGAUCAUGAACAAUAAUUCUACACCAAUCAAAAGCUCCUUCACCACCCACACCUUUCACUCAACCACAGCGGAUGUUAAUCCAUGCCAAGUGGCUCAGGAAAGUUCUCUGUUUAAAGAAAGUCCACCCUUGCCAAGUCCACCACGUGAUUCAGCUCUGGAUUCUGAAUCCAGUAAAAGCCUCACACCAUCCAAGACCAAUCACAGCCCCACAUUUCGUGAUAUAACCAGCACUCAACCUUUCACCUGUCAAGAUUCAAAAACCACACCAACCGACUCAAGUGAUGACUAUACUGACCCUAUCAACAGUCCAUCUUCUCAAUCUUCUUUUAGUGACCUCUUCAGUCAUUCCAGAAUUGCUUUAGCAGAGAUCGAAAAACCCUUCUGCAAGCCUUGUGUGAAUACACCAAAUAUUUUAUGUUCCCCAAGACAGGUGGUGUUGCCUCUCGAGUCCUCACCUUUCUCAAAGGAGACGAGAACACCCCCUCCCACCCCUGAACAUGCACCUUUAAAAGGCAGAUUGUUGGUACAUAUAGAUACAUCUUCCCUUGCCAAACCUCUGACACCACAGGCAACAUAUUUGCCGUUAAGGGCAGAGUCAUUUUGCCAGGUAGACCAACCCUGUACAUCAAUGGAUAAAACUGACCCAUUGGAGAAGCCAGGAAAAGCAGCAAACAUGGAUAGUCCAUAUGAGGACAAAACUCUCUCAUUGAACUCAGAAUACACCCAAGAAGUGGGGGAAGAUGUUCAGAGAGAUGAAGAUGCUGACAAUGAGGAUGAGUUAGAUUCUGAUGAUGAAGCACUGCUGAGCACAAUGAACAAGUGCAAUCCCAUCUUUAUCUCAUUUUGUAAGUGA